AUGUCAGUAUUGAACACACCAACACCUUCCCCUCCCAACCACUUCUCUCGAGUCCAAGGUAAAAGGAAGGAGAGGGGAAUAACUGAUAUUUAUAAGAGGGCGAAACGAGUUGUGGUGCCACGUGAUGAUUACAGUGAUGUUAGGUGUAAGUUAUGCCGGUCUGGGGAUAAAGAGGAGGAAAUUUUGCUAUGUGAUGGCUGCGAUGAUGGGUUUCAUGUGAUGUGUUUGAGACCUGUUGUUCUUCGAGUUCCGGAAGGAUCCUGGUUUUGUGACGCUUGCAGUGAUCAGCACUCCACUACCCCAAAAAAAUACACACACAGCCAGGUAAGGAACAAAUUUUUUGGGAUCACUGACUCUUCAAUGAAGUAUAUUUCACCUGAAGUUGCUAGAAGACCGAGAAAACGAAAUUGUUGGCGGAAGGCACAAAAUAAAUGGACAAAACUACUCCCAUACAUUCCGUCAAACAAUCCAGAGCGUAGGAAGAUGCAAAUGGAAACUCUACAUUCUGCUUUGAAAGAAAAAAAAUUGGAAUUCAGUAACGAACUGACAUACCCGCAGAGCAUGGCCCCUAGACAUGCCAAUCAGUCUAAGUUUGAAACCGACAACAUGCAGGUUUUGUCGAAAGAAAAUCUUCGGACAGUGGCGAAAUGUAAAGAGAUGCACAAAAGAGGGAAAUGUCCCCCACUUAAAGUUGUCUACGAUGCACAUGAAGGGUUCGUUGUUCAAGCUGAUGGUCCGAUCAAGCCAAUGACCUUUAUCACCGAGUAUGUUGGUGAUGUAGAUUAUGUGAAAAAUAGGGAGGAAGAUGAAUGUGAUAGCUUAAUGACCCUUCUUGUAAACAAAGAUGCAUCAAGGAGUCUUCUUAUUUGCCCAGAUAAGCGUGCAAAUAUAGCUCGCUUCAUCAGCGGCAUCAAUAAUCGAUCAAAGGAGGGUAACAAGAAGAAGAACCUCAAAUCUGUGAGGUAUAGUGUUCAUGGAGAAUGUCGUGUCUUUCUGGUGGCAAUUCGGCAUAUUACAGAGGGUGAAAGACUUUAUUACAAUUAUAAUGGACAAGAGAACGCAUAUCCAACGGAUCAUUUUAUUUAA